UAAAUUCUUUCUUCUUACCCGGUUCGCCCAGCCCAAUUUCGUGCCGUGUGGUGUGUAAUCAACCUUUUCUUCUUUCUCCCCAUCAGAGGCCAAACUCAUUUUCUCCACUGAAGAAGAAACGAAGUUGAUUAUCAUCACAUCACAUGCGCAAAAUCUGCGGAGCAAAAUCCAGGUGCCAACACCUAACCACCCUUAGGUUCCACCUUCAAGAUCAAAUGGCGGCGUCUUACCUUUUUGGGACGAGCCCGCUGAAUUCUUACCUUUUUGGGAAUGUUCAGUAGCUAUCAAGAACUUGGUGCGAACCCACUGAAUUCUCUACUUAAGACUAUUUAAUCCCCCCACUCCGGCUCCUCUUUCGGCCAUAUGGAAAUGACGAGCCAAGUCGCGAGCCGGCUGAAGCCAUGGCAGGAACUGAGGGGCAAAGUGGUGAUGGUAACCGGCGCGUCGUCCGGGCUUGGGAAAGAAUUCUGUCUCGACUUGGCUAAUGCCGGCUGCAAAAUCAUUGCCGCCGCUCGUAGAAUCGACCGGCUUGAAACCCUCUGUGAUGAGAUCAACCGAAUGAGUUUUAAUUCGGACGAGUCUAAAACGAGUGAACUCAGGGCCGUGCCGAUCAAGCUUGACGUCAGUGCCAAUGGACCGGCCAUUGAAGCCGAUGUUCAGAAAGCUUGGGACGCGUUUGGACGCAUCGAUGCUCUUGUGAAUAAUGCCGGUGUUAGAGGCCGUGUGCAUACUCCAUUGGAUUUAUCAGAGGAAGAAUGGAAUAAUAUCAUUAAGACAAAUUUGACUGGAACAUGGUUGGUGUCAAAGUAUGUCUGCAUACACAUGCGUGAUGCUAAGCGAGGGGGAUGUGUCAUCAAUAUAUCCUCCAUUGUUGGUCUUGAUCGUGGACAGUUGCCUGGAGCUUUAGCAUAUGCCUCAGCAAAGGUUGCCAUUAACACAAUGACAAAGGUUAUGGCAUUGGAGCUGGGGAAGCACAAAAUAAGAGUGAACUCAAUCGCACCUGGAAUUUUCAAAUCUGAGAUUACUGAGGGGCUCAUGCAAAAAGACUGGUUGAAGAACGUUACUCUUAAAACUGUCCCUUUAGGAACAUUUGGCACCAUAGAUCCAGCAUUGACAUCAGUUAUUCGAUAUUUAAUCCUUGACUCUUCUGAGUAUAUAUCAGGCAAUGUUUUUAUUGUAGAUGCUGGAGCAACCUUACCUGGUUUUCCAAUUUUCUCCUCUCUGUGAAUGUCUGUCUAUACACUUGAAAUCAAUUAUCUGUAGCACAGAACUCUAUGUUGUUGAAGCAAGUGUUAAAAAAAAAUAAAAAAGUUCUACUGGUUUUAGUUUUCCA